UUAUUGCUCACAUGCACACGUAAAUUUAUCACUUGUAAUAUUAGCUAACUAGUACUGAAUUUAUGCGCAAUGCGUUUGCCAGGUACUUGGAUCGUAUAAUUCUCAAUACGAAUGAGUAUGACAUUAUACGAACGGGAACGAUACUUUCUUCAUAUUUUCUCGUAUGCAGAAAGUAACAUCUGGCGAAUAGCUGCAGCGAAAGGAAACGAUAUUAUUGCAUGUCAUCGAAGCACGCCGAAGAACUUCUGUAACACGGAAAAUAAGAGAAUAUUCGGGGAGAGCUGUAAUUACGGCGUGUCUGCGAUAUUUUUGGCGAAAUUCUUCUGCGAUUCUGCUUCCGAUAUCGCGUGCAUGAAGACAGCGUAAAAGGUACGCGCGUCUGGCUUAUUAAUCUUGCAAGAAAAUUGCCGUUGCAAAAUUGAUGAUAUGACAUUCAUUUUGCAUGAUCGGCAUUUCUCCGCAUCUCCCAGCAUUCGGCUGGGAAAGUUUACCUCGAAGCUAACGCGAUACAUUUAUUGUCAGUCCACUGUACGCCUUCGACCAGUGUCGAAGUCGAGAAAGUCAUGCAGGUACUGGACAACAAUGCAAAGAAUGUCUCGCCACGAAGGAAAGAAUAUAUUCCUGAAUAACUUGGUAUUUUAUUUUCAGUCGGCGGAUCUCACUCGAGCGUCAGCCAUAGUUAAUUUAAACAGAAGGUUCUUGGGCUUUCUGGGCUUAUGGCCGUGCAAGCUGAAUCAUUUUCUAUUCGCAUUCUUUACCAUGUACAUGAUAAUUUAUCUUACCAUGGCAGUGGGCCAUCUGAUCAAGAUUUUCGGCCAUCUGCAACUCGUUGUGGGAAAUUUAACGGACAACGUUCUGUUCGCGAUGAUACUCGGAAAAAUGUUUAUAUGCAGACGGAGCAGCGCGAUUAUGGCCAAGUUUCUGAAAAGCAUCGAGGCCGAUUUCACGACGGAAAUGUACGAUAAUGUCCAGGAGAAAAUGGCGUAUCUGUAUUAUAACGAGAUCGCGGUCAUCUUUAUCAAGUUCUCGCUGGGCAUAGCCGGGUUCACGGCUACACUGUAUUACCUCAGAAAAUUUCUGGAAAAUUGGAGCACAAUAGUGGCCGGUAAUUUUUCUUAUGAAUUACCGUAUCCGGUUCAUCCCUUCUUUGAGAUCGAGGACACGACCACGUACAUAUGCAUGUGUCUCUACCUGGCGAUGGCGAUACCGAUUAUAGUAUGCGGUUACUCUGGACCGGAUGCUUACGUACUCAGCAUGGCUCUUCAUGUUUGCGGCCAGUUUGCCGCUUUAUCAUGCAAAGUCGACAAUUUGCUAAGGGACCACGAGAACUACCAUCGCCACAUCACUAACAUCGUAUUGAGACAUCACCAGUUAAUAACAUUAGCGGAGAUCUUGGAGAACAACUUCAACCUGAUAUGCCUACAGCAAACUCUGGGCACUGUGUUCUUGCUCUGUUUCACUUUGUAUCAUAUGAUGUUGACCUCGGAAGUCGGCGAAGAUACUAAUGUUGUAGUUUUCGUAUUAUACGCAAUCUGUGUAUUUAGUACAAUUCUUGCUUAUUGCUAUAUAGGCGAGUGCCUCAUUACUGAGAGUACCGCAUUACGCGAGGCGUUUUAUAAUUCCGAUUGGUACAAUAAUGCACCUUCGCGUACGAAGUUAGUCGGCAUGUGUAUGAUUCGAUCUGAGAAACCAUUAAUGCUGACUGCCGGCAAAUUCGUCAUGUUAUCCUUGAACACGUUCACGAGUAUUGUGAAAACAUCGAUGGCGUAUCUGUCCAUGUUACGUCAGUUUGGUGCUUAUAAGAAGUUUAAUGAUGAUCGCUGCGGUUUUUCUACGCCGCGGCGCGCCGUACCAAAUGUAAAAGAAAUAGAAGACGCACAGAUGUACGGUGACGAAGCAAAGGAGCGACUUUUCAUGCCUGAUUCGCGGCGGAACGAAUCACGAUCGGACGAUCGGUUGAUGAAAGGCUGUACAACUCGGUUUGCUAUGAAAAACGAAGUCGACCAUAUCGAAGAUUUAUUUGUUCAUUUAGAACGGAUCUUUUCCAUCGGAGGCAUAUGGCCGUCCAAGAGGACGUACUUCCGUUUCGCGAUUUACAUCACGCACUUCGCGCUUUAUCUCGUUAUGGCGUAUAGAGACUUUUACGACGUCUUCGGUAAUCUCGAGCUGAUGGUGAUGAACCUCGUGGAAACGGUAGCUUACUCCAUGACGUUCCCGAUGGUGUGGCUGAUACGCUGCAGCAACGUGCUGAGGCUCGUAAUCGACGUGAUAAAGAAGGACAUGGUGGAACGGAAAUUUGAGAAUUCCGAGGAGGAGAGGAUUUACUACAAUUACAAUUUUAUAUCCAAGAUAUUCACGUACGGCUCGAUCGUCGGUAUGUUCAUCACGGUCGUAUCGCUGUACCUCAGACCGCUCGUGUAUGUCUUGACUGCUAAUCAAGUGUUACGCAACGGUACGGAGUCGUUCAUGUUACCCUACAGAGUUCAUCCGUUUUUCGACACCGGCAAUACUCAUACAUACAUAUUGAUGUAUCUCUAUCUAUUUCCGAUGAUUUACAUCUCCGUUUGCCACAUGGCGGCGAUUUGCCUGAUGGUUAUCUUAGUAUUCCACAUUUGCGGCGAAUUGUCCAUCCUGUCAUAUCGUAUUAGACACAUUGGAGAACAUUCGGAAGCUGUAGUAGCAGACAGAAUUCGAAGCUUCGUUCGAAUGCACCUUAAGAUAAUAUGGCUGGCGAAAUCCGUGGACGAUACUUUCAAUUUGGUUCUUUUGGACGAACUCCUUGGUAACAGUGUCGUACUUGCUAUCUCGCUGUAUUACGUCAUAAUGAACUUGGAGGUGUCAGAAAUAGCGACCUGCUGCACUUUUACUUUCUUCGCCAUUAUCGCGCUUGUUAUGCUCUUUGGAUAUUGCUUAAUCGGUGACCAACUAACUCAACAGUGUAUAAACGUGCAGAAUGCGUACUACGAAUGUAAUUGGUACAAAAUGCCGGUCGGUUGCAAAAGGUGCUUGCUAAUCUGUAUGAUUCGGGGACAAGUUAUGCUCUAUUUAACAGCCGGAAAAUUUUAUAUAUUUUCCUUAAACAGUUUUACGGACGUUAUCAAAACUUCCUUGGCGUAUCUGUCGAUGCUGCGUACCCUCUUAUGAAAAAUUAUGAACAGAUUUACGUAUGACUCACAAUAUUAAACAAAUCUGUGCGCUACAGAUAGAAAAGUGCACUUAGUGCCAUUUUGAAUUGCAACAAAAUAUCAACAUCGUAAAAUAUAUUAAUCAAAGUAAUUUACAGUACAUAAUUUGUCCCAAAGCUCGUAGUAGAAAAAGUAAAACGGAUCAAACAUUAUUGCAGAAAAUUCUCGUAAAAUCCCGCGUCCCAAUAUUUUUGGAAAUUCGUAAAGCUUAUUGCACGCGCGAUCAUUCCUAGAGCCAAUUGACAGCAAUUUGCGUUUGAAAUCAUAUGUCCGUCGACGUCGAGGACCAAUUACGAAGGAUAACUUUUAGUUUGAAUCAAAAGCACAUGUGUCUCGGGUAACACGUUUAUAUGCAAUUUAUACGUAAAUUUUGCCCAGGCUAUCCCCAGAUUCUAUAGACAGUUCUGAGCAUUGAGACCGAGAUUACUUGCACUCCCGAUUUCUUAUAUUCGGUGCAGUUUCGUGUGAGCUCUCGAGGAAAGAACAGCUUAAAACGCGAUGCAGGUGAAUUGUAAAUUGUCAUUAAUGUUACGAUAAAUCAUGAAAAAUUCUAAGACGUUAUGUCAUUCGGCGAUUAAUUAGAGGCUUUUUACAGUGUAAGAUUAAAAAGACUUGAACCGACUAAGAACUUGUUUCAGAAAAAAAAAUUUGCUAAUGUCAAUCUUAUUUUCUCAGUUAAUUUCGGCUACUUCAGUUUUUUCAUAGCUCUGAAAUGUCUGGAUCCCUUUCCUCUCGUCGACGACAUCUUAAACACGCGAUCGUGAAUUUGAGAAAGAAUACAACGUUCUCAGAUACUUGUGCAAAUAAGUAUGCGACGUUUAUAUAACGAUCCAAUUGGUGAGAUCAUAUAACGGCAACUAUGAAGGACUUUGAUAAGACGAGUUAUAGAACCGGCGAGGAGACGAAAGCAUUUACGACCUAUAACGCCAAGUCAGAGAUCUUCAACGAGCCGUUGAUGGUUUGUUCCGUUGACAUCUUUAUUAUAUUAUUUAACUCCUAUUGUAAUUAUCCUCGGAAACGGUGAGUCACAUUUACGUAACGUAAUCAGUACCCAGGAGAACUGUGUGAAAUAUGUAAAGAAAUAAAGUAUCUAGCGUACCGCAACACGGUAGCCUUUCUGGCUAAUGUCAUUGAACGUUUUUCUUCUAGGAUGAAAAUAGUGAUCAACAAUAUACGUGACCUAUCUAUUUUUAAUCUAUCUAUUUAGGACAUGUUCUACUGAUUGUCUUAUCACUUAUGACCGUUUUAUGAGACCGAGAAUUAGGCUGGGAAAAAUAAUGGAGAGGACAAUAGUUCGAUGCGGCAGUUUUACUUUUUUUUAAGGAACUACGUCUCUUGUGUGCAUAAUCAGUUAUCUAACGGUGAGUCAAUGUUAUGUACCUAAUGAUAAUCACAUGAUUUUAUUAAUUGCAAUGAUUCAUCGAUUACUUCGAAUUGCUUUUUAUUCAAAUUUGCAUUCAGUUUUGAAAGAGCUUAUGGUACUUGAUUUAAUAUUAUCUUACGUAAGAAAGUACAUCGUAUACACUUACCAAG